AUGGAUUCUCAGUUCUUAGAGUUUCCUGAUUUCUCCACACAAGAGUCUCAAUAUGAAAUUGGUGAGGAGGUGUCUCAAACAUCUAAGAAAAGAGCUCCAAAAGGGUCUUUCUUUAACCCGGAGGAAGAUAAGCUACUUAUUAGUGCACGGUUGAAUAUUGUUAUGGAUCCGGUUACAUGCAAUGAACAAAAGGCUCAGGCCUUUUGGGGUAAGAUAACAGAUUAUUACCAUCAAUACAAAAACUUUGAUUUGGAUCAUUCACAACAAAUGUUGAGCCAAAGGUGGGGCAAAAUACAGAAGGAGAUUGCAGAUACCAAGAGCUUGUAUGAAGAACAAGAAAAUAAACGGUUCACUCUUGAUCAUGCUUGGGUUAUCUUGAGGCACCAACCAAAAUGGAUUCAAACACUGCAAGAGGUUGACGCCAAGACAAGUAAGACCAAAUCGAAACCUACUACAACUAAUACCUCUUCAUUUUCAACUACAAGCACUCACAUAGAUAUCGAUGAAGACAUAACCACUUGCUUUGUAGUGCCUAGACCACCAGGAAAUAAGGUUGAAAAAAGAAAGUUAAAAAGAAACAUAUCAACUAGGAAAAAUUCAGAAAUUACAAGUAGAAAAAAAAAAGAUGAAAAGAAACUAGAAAUUAUGAAGGAAAAAGUUGAAGUUGAUAAAGAAAAAUUGCGAGUUAGGAAGUUUGAAGUAGAGAUGAGGAUUAUGUCAAUGGAUAUUUAUGUUAUGAAUGAUGAAGAAAGGGCAUAUUAUUCCAAGUUGCGAAUGAAAAUUUUGCACGGAAACCUAUGA